AUGACAGCAACAAAUAACGCUAAUGACGUAUUAUUGCAUAUUUUUACAAAUCUUUCAAAACGAUCGGACAAUCAAGAAAAUUUAAAUGAUAGAGGUACAUUCCCUCAACAAUUGAAUGAUAUUGGUGAAUAUCUUGAUAAUAAGCUUGGCGAUAUUGCCUCAGCUAGUCUAAAAUCCACAACAGAAUAUGAAGAAAAUCGUAUUGGACCUCCAACAGCAAGUUUAAAUUUAUUCGGAGCAACUGGAAUCGUCCAAUGUACUCGUUUUGAUUACACUGGUAUUGGAAGUUUUAAUACAGUUCGAGCUGAUGUUUGCGUUUUUCGAGGUAAAUGGCAAUAUGAAGUAUUGCUUGAAACUCGUGGUGUUAUGCAAUUUGGUUGGUGCACAGUAAAAUGUCAUUUUUCUCAAGAAAUCGGUGUCGGCGAUACUUGGACAUCUUUUUCUUAUGAUGGUGGACGUGUGAGGAAGUGGAAUGUACAAAACUCAAAAUAUGGUGAUUCUUGGUUAGCCGGAGACAUUAUUUCAUGUUUAAUUGAUUGCGAUGAAGGAAGUAUUUCGUUCAAACGAAAUGGUGUUGAUUUGGGUGUAGCUUUUGAAAAUAUACCAUAUGGAAAGGGUGUGGCUUAUUUUCCUGCUAUAUCAUUAUCACAAAAUGAACGAGUUAAAAUAAAUUUUGGUGCGACACCAUUUCGUCAUCCAACAGUGAAUUAUUUGCCAAUCGAUGAAAAACCACAGUUAUUGACUGAACAAGCCGAUUUUCUAUUAAAUAUAUUUGAACAAGUGGUUUGUUUCGGAAAAUAUUCGAAAUCGAACGGAUCAAAUAAAAGCACAACUUUUUUAAAAUUAUCACAAAAUCGUAUUUUAUCUGAUUCAAAAAAUGAUGCUAUUCUAAUGAUUAUUAGUCAACAAAUAAUCGAACGAUUAUGCCCACUAUUGGCAUCAUCUUAUAUUGUACAACAAUGUCUUAUUUCGAUGUUUCUAAGAAUCAAUCGUGAAACUAUUCAUGGAGAACAUGUUGAAAUAUCUACAUGUCUAGAUUAUUUCUGGGCAUUUCUUCAAUCAAAUGAUUUACUUACAUUAUUAACUCAAUUAUUUCUUUCAUUGAAUGUUCUUUAUUUUUUUGAACCUGUUCAAUUAACAUUUGAGCAACAACGUCAAUAUUUAUUUUUAUUAUAUUCAAUACUGAAACAUGAAGAUACACGUAAAUUAUCGUUGGAAUCGAUAUUUUUCAUUAAAGUCAAAUUACCAUUAUUCAUUGAUAUAAAACCACCUGAUAGUGAUAUAUUAAAACAGAUCAUACCAGAUGGUUGGUCAAGAAAAAAGUUUAAUUUAAAUGAUCUCGAACGUGAUUUAAGUUGUUUAUCGGCAUGCCGAAAAUUAAAAGAAGAUUUAAAAUCAUUAGAAACUAUACAGAUUGAAAUUCUUAAACUUUUAUUAACACCAUCAGAUGUUAUUCAACAUCCGCCAUCCUCAAAAUUCUUAUUUAUUACGAAAUUCCGUUCAUUUCUUAAAGAGAAUCUUGCUGAUUCGCCACUUCAUAAUUAUCAGCCAGGCAUAAUUAGAAAUUUUUUUCAUCGUCUAUUAAAUGUAUUAGAAUUUUAUUGGAAUCAGUAUCAUGAAAUCAAAUCAUUCGAUGAAGGUCAAGAAUCUUCAUUAUCAUUUGAUGCUGCUUAUGUUCCAAGUCAAAAAUUUAUUGAUAAUAAUCUCGAUUAUUUUAAUUUACAACGAUUGGGUGGUGUACAAAGUCAUUUAGAAAAAGAAUAUUCAGCUGAUAUAAAACGAGCAAGAUCUGUAGGAACAUCAUCAUUUUUAUCGCGAGCUUUUUCUGAUCAAUCAUCACUGCAUGAUAAUAUGUCUGAUUUAGUUAAUGGACGAGAUCGUUACUGUCAUCACUUGGGACUAAGUUUGAAAUCAUCUAAUGCAACUGGUUCAGAAAGUUUAACAGAAUUACUUGAUGGACUUAUACUUUUGUAUCAUGUUGGUGUACACAAACAUUAUGUUAAAGUUGCUGAAGUAAUUGAUAGUUUAAGAGAAUACAAUGAAUCAUUAGUUGAUAUUGAUAAUAAAAUAAUGAAUUGUCGAGAUGAUGGUCAUGAAAUUCGUGAUGAACUUUUACGAUCAAAGAAAAUCUUUGAACAACAAACAGAAGAUUUAACACGUAAGAUUGCUUGGAUAACAAUGCAUGUUUUUUCACAGGAAAAACGACAUGAUAUUGUUACAAUACAUCGUUCUGUUUAUCGUACACUUCAAAUAGCAUCUGAAGCAGGAAAUUUAUUUAGUUUUAUACCCGAAAUCUAUUUGAAUGAUAUUUAUUUAAACACAUUUACUGCUCUCAAUGUUUAUUAUCCUACAGAAGAUUCAGGGUUAAGUCGAGAUAUUGCAAUUGACUUUGUACAAUUUAUUGCUAAUCAUAUGCAAGAUACUCGAAUAGUAAAUUCAGAUGUUCGAGAUAAUAUGACUCAAUCAUUAAGUGCAUUUUGUUUUUAUGCGGGUUCAUUACGAGCAUUGGAGGGUAUGCGUGAAUCUAAUCGAACCAUAUUGAUUCGAGCUUUAUUGACACCAUAUGCCAAUCGUCCAUGGGCAAUGACAAAUUUAAUAUUAGUUCGAUUUUGGAGAGGUUGUGGCUUUGGUUUUCGAUAUUCACAAGCGUAUCCAUCUAAAUUUAUACAAAGUUUAAGAAAAGAUCGAAUUCAAGACUCAUCACCAUCAAUGAAAUAUCAACAAGAGAUCGGACGAUAUUUAUUAAAUAAUAUUGAUGAUGCUAUUGCAUUUCUCAAUAGUUUAUUAGGACAAUUAAAUUGGGCUUUCUCAGAAUUUAUGGGAUUAUUAAAAGAUUUGGUACCAACAAAAGCUCGUUAUAUGCCAACGAUUGAACAUAGACAAAUGAAAAUAUGUUCGACUUGUUUUGAUGUAACUGUUAGUUUAUUACGUACAAUUGAAAUGAGCAUCUGUGUUGCCCCAACUGUUAUGCUUGAUAAACACUCAACGAAAUCUGAAAUGCUUCUUAUUCGGCUUCUUCAAUUACUUGCUCAAAUUAUCAAUCGAUUAGCAACGAAAAAUUAUUCUCUAGAAGAUAUGGAACGACUCAAAAUGUACGCACUAGACAAUAUUCAACCAUAUCCAAUAUUCUCAUCAGUAUGCGGCAUAUUGGUACAUUUAAUUAAUCGAACAAGCACUGAGACGUCACUACGUGUUUGUCGUGCUAUUUAUAAUGAAGCUGAUCUUGAUUUAUCUUGUUUACGUCGUCUUAUAUAUGGCUUGGAUAGUGAUGUAUCGAAUUCAAAAUCAUCCUCAGCACAUUUUACUCUUGUGUCUCAACCAGAAAUAAAUCGAUCAGAAGCUCAUGAUCUUGAUGAAUUGUAUCGUAAAUUAAAUGAUACAUACGAAAUAUUUGCUAAAACAAUGAAAAAAUCUGAUGAUAAUGAUGAUUCAAUAUGUAUAAUUUGUUAUUCACAUCAAAUACAAGGAGAGUUUCGUCCUUGCAGACAUCAAGCUUGUUUAUCAUGCAUUAGUAUGCAUUUUAUGACAAACAAAGACUGUUUUUUUUGUAAAACUCACGUUGGUGAAGUUGUUGAUUUAAUAACGGGCCAUGUAAUUGACAGUAUCAAACCAAAUGAAAAUAAUACAAAAGACAAAUAA